GCCGCGUCGCGUGACCGAUGACGUAGGAGGAAGAAGAAGGCCGCCGACGCCAUUUGAGGGAGGCCGAGCGAGGGGGGUGUUUCGGUUUGGCUCUUGCUGCUGCGCCCGAGGCCGGCCCCGCUUCUUCUUCUUCUUCUCCUCCUUCGCGUUCCGUCCCCUCUUCCUCGCUCUGCCCGCUCCGUAGGGGUCUCGCUGUGGCUGAUGUGAGGCCUUGGCGGCCCCUUGGCUGCGGAUGGCGACGGCAGCGGCCACUUCAGGCGCAGGUGCUGGGACUGCUGCUGCUGCUGCUGCUGGCGGCGGGCGGAGCUUCUCCUUCAAGGUGGUGCUGCUCGGGGAAGGCUGCGUAGGGAAGACCUCCCUGGUGCUCCGCUACUGCGAGAACAAGUUCAACGACAAGCACAUCACCACCCUCCAGGCAUCUUUUCUAACAAAGAAACUGAACAUCGGAGGAAAAAGAGUAAACCUAGCAAUAUGGGAUACAGCAGGGCAAGAGAGAUUUCAUGCACUGGGUCCCAUUUACUACAGAGAUUCUAAUGGAGCUAUUUUAGUGUAUGAUAUAACAGAUGAAGACUCUUUUCAGAAGGUAAAAAACUGGGUCAAGGAAUUAAGAAAAAUGUUGGGAAAUGAAAUUUGUCUAUGCAUAGUUGGUAACAAAAUAGACUUGGACAAGGAAAGACAUGUCUCUGUUCAAGAAGCGGAAACGUAUGCAGAAUCAGUUGGAGCAAAACACUAUCACACAUCGGCCAAACAGAACAAAGGAAUAGAAGAACUCUUUCUUGACCUGUGUAAAAGAAUGAUAGAAACGGCGCAAAUUGAUGAGAGAGCACGAGGCAAUGGUUCCAGUCAGUCAGGAGCUGGAAGGCGUGGAGUACAGAUAAUUGAUGAUGAGCCAGCAGUUCAGAGCAGUGGAGGAUGUUGUUCAUCUGGAUAAUUGCAUAAGACUGUGCAUCUUGGCUCCUUAGUGAAGACUGCCAUAUUCAAGUCUCAUUCUUUAUCAGUGGAGAAUUGGAAUUAACAGUAUUUAAAAUCAUUUGUAACAAUUCAGUACCAUUAAGUGCUAAACUAGUGAAGUAUGUGACCAGAGAAUUGGCAUUUUCUACAAUGGUUAACAAAGCAAACCAAUGGCCUUUUUACAUGUUUCUUUAAUAAUGAAUAAUAUUGCAUGUGGGAAAGACUUAUGGCUUCAUUUAUAUUUUAAAUGAGAUCAUUAUUUAAUAACUUAUAUACACUAUUGGAAUGAGACAUUUUUUGCAGCCCUUUGUAUUUUGUGGUGGAUUGAACUGUAUCACUUCAAAAUUGCAAAUUGAUUUCUUUUUAAUUAGCAAAUACCUGAUACUAUUUUUGCAGGGAUGGCAUCAAGUUAUAACUGUCUGACUACUUUGAUAUAUUCAUCCUGUAUUCCAUGCUGGUAAAAUAAAUUGUAAAAUACAUAUUAAAUAUUUUAUCUGCUUUUACAAGUCAGGUGCAAAAAUAUGUAUAUUAGUCUUUUCAGUGAUUGUGAAGUGAAUAACAGUUGAUGAAAAGAUAACAGGUUUGAUUACCUAUUAUACACUUUUCUCCUUGUUAGCUGGUGACUAUUUUUUGCUUGCUCUGAAGUUUCCACACGUUUUUGAAUAUUUUCUGGCAAGUAUUGGUCUAACAUUUAGGUCCAAGAAUGUAGUUGGAGUGUUGUGAACUGCUGCUACACUUAAAUCUACUAAUGGAAUUUUGACAUGCCUAAAAUAUUCAAUGGCUUCAGCAACUUAAAUGGCACAGGGUCUUGGCCUUUUCCAUCUGAUAAUCACUAAACAAGAUCUGCUCAUAAAACUUUUGAUGUCUUAAAUCCUUGCUUCCUUGUGUAAUGAUUUUUCUACCUGUUGAAAAACCAAUACAAGGUGAAAAUAGGUUGACUCAAUGGUUUUCUUUUCAUAGGUGAUUGAAAAUUGGGAGGAACCUGGCUAUCAUUCUUGUAUAGGCUUUGUUUUAAAUCCACUUUGUUUUUCAGUUAAAUGAAUUUUGAACAUCAGUAUAAAGUAAGCCAUCUUUCGAAGGAACAGAAACAUGGAAAAUAAACCUGGAACUGCUUUCAUCAAGGCUAGAGCAGAAUAUUUUUGACUUGAGGGAAAUUUCACUUAUUUUGUAAACAUUUUGGUUAAGAAAAUGCCAGUACAUAGUUUGGCCUUUAGAAACAGGCUCAUGUGAUUCUAAAAUCACAUGUGGUGAUUUGAAUUUUUUGGAUUAAAAAAUUAUGGAUAUGCAUGCAGGAACAUCAGAAUAGUCACACAGGGAAUCUGACACACAUCCUAUUAACUUCAUUUUCUAGAACCUGACACAGUAACUUUUAAGAGCAAUAGUUUUAGAAAACACUGCAUGCAUUGAUUAUCCCACCCAAGUUUACACUGAAAUUAACUCACAUUUGUGGGAAGAAAUUAGCUGUCACACAUGGCCAUGAUUUAAUAUGUACAUUGUACUCUGUACCUUAAUCCUUACCGAAAUUGUAAAUUAGAUUAUCUGUUAAAAUACAUAAUGUGUAAGUGGCUCAUUUACUGUGACUUCUAUUAUGUGCUGCUGUAAGCUGCUUUAUCUUUAUUAAAUAUUCAUAUUUCAUAUCUUCUACUUA